AUGGCCAUGUUCGCAGCGUUGUUCGUAGGAGUUUGUUUGGUGUUCUCCAUCGUUCCGCUGUCAAAUUUCUUCCCAGCAUACGCUCCGAUCUCACCGUCACGGUGGGGCCCGCAGCCAUCGCUUAGCGCUCUUCUGCAAAACGACCUGCAUUUGGCCCAACCGCAGUGCAAGGCAGAGUUUUCUCGACUCUUCCCACAGCUGACCGCCAACGAGGUGGUCUGGAAGUCCAAGGGUGGGAUCCGAUACGGCGAUGUCAAGAAUGCAGCAGAGAAUUGUAGACAAGGAUGCGUGCAGUUGGUGAUCAAGCAUGGACAGAUCUUCGUGAGGAGGCAGGAGAAGGAUUGGCAAUCGAGGGUGAGGUCCACGCUGCAGCUGCUGGAGCAGGCGUAUGCGGGAGCUAGUGAGGAGGAAAAGAGUUUGAUCGAAGGGACAGAGCUGGUCAUCAGCACGGCCGAUUUCGAUGGGUUCACCGAUCCAAAGGGCAGCAGAGGUGCGGGAUGGGUGUUGGACAAGAGGAUCAACGAUACCGAAGGACAGUAUCUUUUCCCGGACUUCAGCUUUGCGAGUUGGCCCGAAGCAGGCAUCCCCUCCUACCCGGAGUUCCGACGUCAAGCAGCCCAAGUCAACCUCGAAAUGCCUUGGCGUAGCAAGUCCAAUCCGGCCUUCUGGAGAGGCGACGCGCUACUGGGCAACAACAUCAAACCACGCGAAUCGCUCCUCCGUGUCGCCACCGGAUCCGGCACGCAAAGCUGGUCCGACGUCAAGAAAACUAGCUUCUGGGAAUCCGGACCCGACAUUGGCCAGAUUGUUUCCCCACCCGAACACUGUCGACACAAGUUCUUGAUACAUAGCGAAGGAGUGGCGUAUUCGGGAAGGAGCAAGUUCAUCCUCGGUUGCCAAUCAGCCGUGGUGAUGCACAGGUUGGAGUGGGAACAACAUUUCCACCCUGCAUUGGUCAGCGAUUCCACCUCCCCCGAUCAGAACGUCCUCGUGCUGCAAGGAGAGUGGUUCGAGAACCUCCCAUCCACGAUGCAAACACUCAUCGAAGAAGAGACAAUUUCCAUGGGAUUCAUCACCAAAGGUCAAACCAUCGCAAGCAACGCGAAGCGCACAUUGACGGAUCGAUACCUGACUCCCGCCGCAACAGCGUGUUACAUCAGGGCUGCAUUGAUCAGCUACAGCAAGAGUCUCGAUAGGGGUAGCUGGCCGGGCGGACAGGGGGUGAGGGUGGAGGAAGGUGGUGGCGUGGCGCCCGGCGCGGGGACCAACAAGGGUGGAUUGAAGGAGUUGGGUGUCAAGGGUGAUGUUGAGUUGGGGGUCUGGAGCAAUUUGGGUCAGCCCGAGUGGCCACCCAAGUGA